AAGUGGGCGGAACCUCGAAAGCGUCUUGUGGAGGAUCGACUCUGAAAUUGGGGAGGUCGUGAUGGGUCUCUGGGGAUCGGUGGCGGUAGCUUAAAACAGCCGGUCAAUAAAAUUAAUAUGCCUGACAUCGAUUGUGUCCACUUUUAAUAUAUUUAUCAGUACUAGCCAAUAGCUUUAGCGGUUGCUAUGGGCGGACAAAAAGCGUGAAACGGGCAAGCGCGGAAUGGGGAGCAUGCGCGUCCGGCAGCUUGGGUUACACGAGUCGCUGGUGUUUUCGUGUGCGGUUGUGAUUAUGAAAAACAGUGCGUAAGUCAGGUAUGGGGGGUAUAUCGCAGUGAAAACUAACUUAAACGACAUUUUCUGUAGUGCUGGUGGGUUGUAGCAUUUCGGUGUGCAGUUGUUUCUGCCGUGGAGAUCGGCUUGUUUCUCUGAUUUAAGAAUACGGCGUAGCAAUUCUGUGUUUUAGUCCUGAUGCACAUACUUCAGCUAGGAUAAGGUUUUUGGUGAAGCGUAUAAUUGCGGCUAGUAAUUAGUUUCUAGUAAGUUGUUAGACUAACGAAGAGAGAGAUUGCACAGCAGUAACAUUUGUUAGAUAGUACAGGACAGUUUAUAAAAGAUCAUUUCGUGGCUGUACAAUAAGACGCCACUGUAAAGUUGGCUUAUCCCAGAAACAUAGUGUUUCCUGCCAGAAACAGUGAAGUGCCACUCGAAGUACCGGUAAGCUGUGUGCAAGUCUGAAAUAUGGGAACAUGUAAUGUGUUAUUAAGCACACCCGGUAAUAAUAUAUUAUAAAAAUGGCAGCGAGUGGUUACACCGACUUGAGAGAGAAGCUGAAAUCUAUGACACCCCACAGAGACGAUUGCAAACCCAAGGUGUCGGACUACAGCAAUGGACGCAAGCGUAAAUACCAGGACUCCGAGGAAGACUACAGCGACUACGAAGAGCAGAGAGAAGUGGAGGCCCAGAAAGUUCAAGAUGGCAUCAGACAAGUGAACAUUUUCAGUUCGGUGGACUGCGCCCACAUCGAAGCGAAGAUCGACGAGAUUGUAUCUACAGCUGAAAGGGGCCUGUACCGGGAGCACACGGUGGACCGGGCACCCCUGCGAAACAAGUAUUUCUUUGGGGAGGGAUACACUUAUGGCGCGCAGUUAGAAAAGCGAGGCCCGGGGCAGGAGCGGUUAUACCCCAAGGGAGAAGUCGAUGACAUCCCAGACUGGGUUCACGAACUGGUUAUAAAGAAGCUGGUGGAAAACCGGGUCAUCCCUGAAGGCUUCGUCAACAGCGCUGUCAUAAACGAUUACCAGCCAGGCGGCUGCAUCGUUUCACACGUGGACCCCAUCCACAUCUUCGAGAGGCCCAUCGUGUCCGUGUCAUUCUUCAGCGACUCUGCGCUGUGCUUCGGAUGCAAGUUUCAGUUCAAGCCCAUCCGAGUGUCCGAGCCGGUGCUUUUCCUUCCAGUCAGGCGAGGGAGCGUCACUAUGCUAAGGUGAGUGAGACUGUGACCUGUAGAAAUGUUAAGGUGUAAACAGGUUUGUGUUUCAGGUGUGCUCUGUUAAAGAUUAACUUAUCAUUUGCUAAUGUGCGUGACUCUAAAGGAUCCUUUCCCCCAUCUUCCCUAAAUCUCGUUAGUCAGGUAGUAAUGUUUGAUAAACACCCACCAGGAGAGAUCAAUGUUUACUUCUUUGCCAUGCGGGUCCAAACAAGCAUCAUCCUGUCCUUCACUUUUUAUUAUGAUCUUGCAGGCGUCAUUAUCAAAUCAUAAACUAGUACAGAAACAAAGAAACUGACUCCAAACUUAUUUCAGGUGCUUCAGUGACAAACAUCGCUUCUCUAACUGUCAAUGUGCCAUUUGUAGAAGCCAUUUAAGAGUGAACAAAACAUUUCAUUUUGUAGUGGCACCUGUAUAUUGGCAGUUAUGCAUACAUUGUGAGUGUAUAUUUUUGCCACACCAUAAAUCUGCAUUCUGAUGACUUUCAUACCAAGGCAUGAUUUAUAUUGUGGCAUUCAACAAAACAGUACAGCACUGUACCAGAAAUUCAAGUAACUGAGUGAGUCAACGCUUUCAUCCAAACUUUUGCAGCUAUUCUCAGUUUUUCCA